CAAGAGAAAUGCCAUUGCGGCGGAUGUGUAAAACAGAAGUAGCCCAAAAACCCGCGACCAAUACGUUUCCACUCGCGACAUCGUACUCAAAGUAGCUACAUUUCUGGUAACCGGCUGACAUGGCAAUCUUGCUUUUCGUAGCUCCGCUAGUCCGGAUGGAACGCACCAACACAAUCAAGGAUUAGCUGUCGAUUACCGAUCAAUCGAACUCAGAGCGGAAGUCGGAACUCAGAGCGGAAGUCGGAGAAUGCACGAUGACAAGAAGCUAGCUUGAUAUUAAAGAAACAAAAGCCCCAAAAAUAGCUAUCGGAGAAGUGUUACAACAGAACGAUUAAUGAACGUGUGUUUCUAGUAAAUGUUUAAAUAUUUGUUCAUCCAAAAGAGGGGAUUAGAUAUUUGAAGAAAAAAAGCUAGCGUCUAACGUUGUAACGUUGUAUCAGGAUGGACCCAGCCUUGUUGAGAGAGCGGGAGCUCUUUAAGAAGAGGGCUCUCUCUCAGCCCACGGUUGAGAAGAGACCUGCAGCCUCCGAGUCAGGCGGUUCCAAGAAGAAGAAGUCCAAAGCUGACAAGGAGGCCUCCGGGUCCAAACAUGGCGCAGACACCAGUAAUGGUAACUUCAACCUGAAGGCCCUGACAGGCAGCUCUGGUUACAAGUUUGGUUGCCUGGCUAAGAUAGUCAACUACAUGAAGACCAGACACCAGCGUGGUGAUACUCACCACUUGACUGUGGAGGAGAUUCUAGAUGAGACCAAACUACUGGACAUCGGCAUGAAGCAGAAACAAUGGCUGAUGACUGAGGCGCUGGCCAGUAACCCUAAGAUAGAGGUGAGGGAUGGGAAAUAUGCCUUCAAGCCCAAAUAUCACCUGAAGGACAAGAAAGCCCUGCUCAGACUGUUGGAUAAACAUGACCAGCUGGGACUGGGAGGAUUACUGCUAGAUGAUGUGGAGGAGGGGCUACCCAACUCUGCCAAGGCACUGAAGGUUUUGGGAGACCAGAUCAUCUUUGUGACAAGACCAGACAAGAAGAAGAUUCUGUUCUAUAACGAUAAACACUGCCAGUUUACAGUUGAUGAAGAGUUCACCAAGCUGUGGAGGAGUAUCCCAGUGGACUCUAUGGAUGAAGAGAAGAUAGAGGACUACCUCAAGAGACAGGGCAUCUCCUCCAUGCAGGAGACUGGACCCAAGAAAGUUUUACCAAUCAAGAGGAAGAAGCCAGGUGGACAGAAGAAGAGACGCUUCAAGACUCACAACGACCAUCUGGCCGGAGUACUGGAGGACUACUCAGAGGGCGUACCCGCUAAGAAGUGACGUCACUUCCUGGUUAUACCCCUCCCUCUUCCCUGGCCCAGUGAGAGAGGGGUGACCUGGGAGUGGUUGUUUUUGGGCGGAAAUAAACUUUUUUUUUAUUUGUCUCACCAAAACUACAAUGAAGAUGAGAGGAGACAAUGGCCCUGUCUCAAACGUGGGAACUUGCUUCCUUUUCUCCCCGACGAUAAAGGAGAGAAGAUGAGGAAAGGAAGCCAUUUUGGAACGUUGAGACACAAGAUGGCUGACUGAUUGACUGAAGUGAAGUCCUUGCCAAACACACCAACCUAAAGAGGCGCUCGCUGUCCUUUUUGAUAAUACUGUACCAGUUUGGUUCUAAGCAGUAAUACAAAAUGGUGGACGGCUUUAGAGAAGCAAAAAUUCCCAUUAAAUUUUCCCAAAAAUCCCAGGUUUUCCAGAAAUCCCAGUUGGAAUAUUCCUGUAAUGACAAAUUCCCUGGAAUCUGGUAACACUUCAAUGGGGAUGUCUGGGAAACAUAGGGGAUUCUGGGAAAGUUACUGGAUAUGUGUAAAUGUCUGGCACACGAUGGACACUGUAUGUGAUAGUGGAGAGAGGAUGUGUGUGAAAGUGUUUGUUUUUUUAAUAAUACCAGUCGUAUUGUCUGCUGUAGUUGUUCCUUAUAUUCAUUUACAACAGUGGUCACCAAUGGCAACCUGGAGAAAUACAGGUUGUGCAGGGUUUUGCUCCAGACCUGCACAAACACUCCUGAUUUAGCUAAACGACUCGUAGAAUCUACCAGGUUUACUCAGACAAACACUAGCCUGGUCCCAGGGUCUUUGUGCUGUCAUUCCAAACGGCAUGACAACGAGUCAUAGCAGAGCUGAAAUCAGGCUAGACAAACACCCCACUCCCAUAGAAGCCCUUCAGCUAAUAAACUGUCCCUUCAGUAUAUACUCAAAACUGUUCAUCAAGACUUUGAUUGAUUGGGUGAAUCGGUUGUGUUAUAGUGCAAGGCUAGAACAAAAGCCCGAGACACCCUGUAUCUCUCCAUUUCCUGGUUGGUUGGUGACUGCUGGUCUCGGAGCGUUCUUCAUUACUGAGCAUGUUACCCACAGUACCUUUCUCCUGAGGCCUUUCCUCUGACGCACAAUAAAGUCCUAGAAAACACA